AUGGGUUCGGGCAUGUCAUGGCUGUCCAACUUGUUGUGGGCGAAGAAGGAGAUUAGGAUUCUGAUCCUGGGUCUUGACAACGCGGGCAAGACGACUCUGUUGUACAGACUGAAGAUUGGUGAAGUUGUCACGACAAUACCGACCAUCGGCUUUAACGUCGAAUCCGUCACCUACAAGAACCUCAACUUUAAUGUCUGGGACCUGGGCGGCCAAACCAGCAUCCGGCCCUACUGGCGGUGCUACUACGCCAACACGGCGGCCGUCAUCUUCGUCGUCGACUCGACCGACAUCGAGCGGUUGCAGACGGCCUCGGAGGAGCUCGCCGCCAUGCUCAACGAGGAGGAGCUCAAGGACGCCGCGCUGCUCGUCUUCGCCAACAAGCAGGACCAGCCCGGGGCCAAGGGCGCGGGCGAGAUCUCGGAGGCGCUGCGCCUGGGCGAGCUGCGGGACCGCAACUGGAGCAUCAUGGCGUGCUCGGCCGUGGACGGCAGCGGCGUCAACGAAGGGAUGGACUGGCUCGUGCAAACCGUUUCUCAGGAAUAA